AGGACCCUGCAUUCACUAUAUCUGGUCUCCCACAGACCCUGCAUUCACUAUAUCUGGUCUCCCACAGACCCUGAAUUCACUAUAUCUGGUCUCCCCAGACCCUGCAUUCACUAUAUCUGGUCUCCCCAGACCCUACAUUCACUAUAUCUGGUCUCCCCAGACCCUGCAUUCACUAUAUCUGGUCUCCCCAGACCCUGCAUUCACAUAUCUGGUCUCCCCACCCUGCAUUCACUAUAUCUGGUCUCCCACAGACCCUGUAUUCACUAUAUCUGGUCUCCCACAGUACACAUAACAUUGAAAUGCAAUUAUUUUAGUAAAUAUAAACUGCUA